CCUCUCUCGUACUUUCUAACGGUACUACACAGACAUCCUACUUCGGCUUGAGGGGCAUAACGUGGAACCUACGGGGACCAGCAAGGAAAGCUGCAAUAGGUGAAAAGGCUGUCGACGUCACCAGUCACGUGAUCUGCCCAAUGUUCUAUCUGUCCAUUUCUCUGUAGACGUGUAAUGCUUUGAGCGUAUGUAGUGCGGUGCUCGUGGAACGAGCUUGAAGAAUUUUGGCUGCUGAUUGUUUCCACUGGUUUAAAUCUGUUGCGCCCUUCUAGGAAAAUACCAUCAAGAUGGGGAUCAAGUUCCUGGAGGUUAUUAAACCCUUCUGCAGUAUUCUACCAGAAAUAGCAAAACCAGAAAGAAAGAUCCAAUUCAGAGAAAAAGUACUAUGGACUGCAAUUACUUUAUUCAUAUUUUUAGUAUGUUGUCAGAUUCCUCUUUUUGGCAUCAUGAGUUCAGACUCAGCAGACCCUUUUUAUUGGAUUCGUGUUAUCCUUGCUUCAAAUAGAGGAACUCUCAUGGAACUGGGAAUUUCUCCAAUUGUCACAUCUGGCUUGAUUAUGCAACUACUUGCUGGUGCCAAAAUCAUUGAAGUAGGUGACACUCCUAAGGAUCGUGCUUUAUUCAAUGGAGCUCAGAAAUUGUUUGGCAUGGUCAUUACUGUUGGCCAAGCAAUCGUCUACGUAAUGACUGGCAUGUAUGGUGACCCAUCAGAAAUUGGAGCUGGUGUAUGUCUUCUUAUCAUCAUUCAAUUGUUUGUGGCAGGACUCAUAGUUUUGCUACUUGAUGAACUCCUGCAGAAAGGUUAUGGCUUAGGAUCGGGAAGAGGAACUGAAUUCGAGGGAGCUGUAAUUGCUUUAUUUCAUCUGUUGGCCACUCGUCAAGAUAAAGUUCGUGCUUUAAGAGAGGCCUUUUACCGCCAAAAUUUGCCCAAUCUAAUGAAUUUGCUUGCAACUGUCCUAGUUUUUGCCAUUGUCAUAUAUUUUCAGGGAUUCAGAGUCGAUUUACCCAUAAAAUCAGCCCGUUACCGAGGCCAGUACAGCAGCUACCCCAUUAAACUGUUUUAUACUUCAAACAUUCCCAUUAUCUUGCAGUCUGCUCUUGUGUCCAACUUGUAUGUUAUUUCACAGAUGCUAGCUGUGAAGUUUACUGGAAACUUCUUUGUGAACCUCUUGGGCGUGUGGGCGGAUGUGGGAGGUGGUGGCCCUGCUCGUGCCUACCCAGUUGGUGGCCUGUGUUACUACCUCUCUCCCCCUGAGAACAUUGGCCACAUUCUGGAGGAUCCUGUUCAUGCAGUGCUGUACAUAGUAUUCAUGCUGGGUUCAUGUGCAUUUUUCUCCAAGACUUGGAUUGAUGUGUCUGGAUCUUCGGCUAAAGAUGUUGCCAAACAGUUGAAGGAACAGCAGAUGGUGAUGCGAGGCCAUCGGGAUAAUUCCAUGAUCCGUGAACUGAACAGAUACAUCCCCACAGCAGCUGCCUUUGGAGGUUUGUGCAUUGGUGCACUGUCAGUUCUUGCUGACUUCCUUGGUGCUAUUGGUUCUGGCACAGGUAUCCUGCUUGCUGUUACGAUUAUCUACCAGUACUUCGAGAUUUUUGUUAAGGAGCAGAGUGAAAUGGGAGGAAUGAGCACAUUAUUGUUUUAACCCAGGAAAUUAUUAUUUUUAAUUUUGCUCUGAAUUGCAAAAAUGAGCCUCAUGUUGAGGUUCACCCACUCGAACUCGUGAUCAUUUUUCAAAUGGUUUUUACGAUUUUUGUAAUCUUCGUGAAAUUUAACUUCAUUCCUAUUUCUGUGAAGUACUUUGGGGAAAGUACUUUAUCUGUAUUUGGGGGAUAGAAAGGGGUUAUAAUAAAAUUUGUAACGUAGUUCAUAUUAUUUGAUAAAAUAUUGUAACACGCUUGUGAGAAUUUAGUAGUGAAUGCAUAAAUGUGAAAUUCAGUCACUUGAUUUUUAGUUGAUGUGGCUGUAGGAGUGAACCAAAAUCAAAUACAUUUGUUAUGUAAAAUUGCACUAUUAUCGCAUCACACUUUAUAAAAAUUGAUAUUCUUGAUGAUGCAGUCAUAUAGUGUACAUUAUAUAUAUUUAUUGUGAAAAAAUUCUGUUUUUUGAAGUGUGAAUGAGUUGUUUGAUAUCUUUUUGUUAUUAAAUAUUAUUUGACAAAUUACUGAAGCAUGACAACCAUCAAUGAGAAACACUGAAGGCGUUGGGUCUGAAGAUAUUGAAUGUAUAUGAAGUGUGGAGAGUAAAUUUUAUAAGAGUGAGCGACACUAAACGAAAUGUGUCCAGAUGAAAGUAGUAGUUUACUAUUCCUAUCCUUUACCAUAUCCUUCUAAAU